AUGUCUUCCCAAUUCCACGCUUUAAACUUAAUCGACCAGGUUUUAGACAGUUUUUGGGGAUUCGAAAACCAUCAGUCUAUAUACUCUGAAAUUUCCAUGGUUUACAUUGAAGUGACUUCCAGAGAAGUUUGUCAAAAAUUCAUCUGUGGAAAUGUCAAUUUGUCGAUUUCAUAUUUUCCCAAGGGUACUGGAACACUUAUAAAAUGCUUUUCAGAUGAGAAAACUCUAGAAAAUCAAGACUUCCUGACUAUAGCAUUUCAAGAUUUGAAAUUCAUUUUUGCUAUUCAAAGACAGCCAAUUCCAAAUUUCGACCUCCGAUUCGAUGAAUCUGAUUUAUCUGAUUUUGUGGAAAAUUCGCUGGAUAUUCUGAUUAAAAACUUGGAAUCCACGAUUCUGAAAGUCAAACAUUUUCUGAUGGAUCUGGACAAUCAGGGUGAUGCUCUCAAGAUUUUACUGUUUAUUGAUAUGAACUUUAUUGAAAAUGUCACAUUGAUCAAUCGGAUAAAAUCUGAUGAUAAGAAAGUUUUGAAAAUUGAUGAAAUUGAAAAAUCGGAACUAUGGAGACGAGCAAAGAAUGUGGAUGUGAUAGGAUUUCGUUAA